AUGCCAGUGUGUGUCUAUUUUCAACAGGGUCGAUGCAGAUACGGAGAUCGAUGCAGAAAUGAACAUCCAGGCCAGGUGACAUUAGGCGCAUCAGCAAACCGUUUCAAUGUUCUCGGUCCAGCUGCUUCAAAUACUGGAAGCAGUCAACAGCAACAGGACAAGUCCACAAACUUUAACGUUACACCUGAGAAUAUCCAACUAGACCUCACAUUAGGGAAGGAACGACCAGGAUGGGUCUUUUCUGCAUAUGGCCCUGGGAAAAAUGCCCCCAGGCAGCUCUUUGGAGGCCCAUCUCGAGAGCAGAGCUUUGAGGAAAUGCGAUUGCGACACUAUGAAGCUGCCGCGGCCGGAAAUUCCAACCAGGCUGUUCAAGAAGCGCAGAAGCUACAUGAUGAAACUUUGAAUCAGAUCCAAAUCAUCUUGAAUGACCUCAAUGGUGCUGUUAAAUACGUGCUAGAUGGAGUGAACGAACACCCAAAUCGCAUCGACAUCGUGGAAGGUAAAUCGGCCGUUCCCUCAUCGUUCGCCCAGCAGCCAGCCCCGGUUUCGUCGACUCCGGCUUUCGGACAACUGAGUGGGAGCUUUAGCGGUGCGACUCAAGGUGCGCCUACUCCUGCUUUUGGGCAAGCGUCAAUGCUUGGGCAAAAUCAACUUGCAUUUGGAAGACCUUCAGGCUUGGGAACAUCCACAGCUGGUUCUGCGUUUGGCAAGCCAUCGAUGCCAGGAGCAGCGCAGCCUGCCUUUGGUAAGCCUGCAUUCGGCCAACCAUCGUUUGGUCAACCGGCCUUUGGGCAGCCUUCAGCAAUGACAGGUUCCGCAUUUUCGAAUGCAGCGACUGGCCCAUCUCCUUUCUCUCAGGUAACUCAAUCAAACCCAUUAGCAGGAAGUAAUUUCGGCCAACCUUCGAUUUCUGCACCGUUUGGACAACCAGCCGCCAGUCAGGUGACAACGUUUCCAUUCUCCCAAAUUGGCAAUCAAUCUGCAGUGGCCAGUGCAUUCGGGCAGCCAUCUUCGACCGUUGCCACGUUCGGCCAACCAUCUCAAACCGUCUCACCGUUUGCACAACAGCAGCAAGCAUCGUCGGCCAAUCCAUUUGCCCCAACGACAACGACUUCAGCUACUCCGAGCGUUUUUGGCCAACUUCCAGCAGUAACAGCACCAGUUUCGACUAUUGCUCCCCAGCCUCAAGUGAGUGCUGCUGGAAAGGCGCCCAUAGGACCUAGACCGAUCAUCAAGGUCGAGCUCAGGGAGUUGAAUCCGAUUCCCGAACUCGUGGGCGAUACUGUUCGAGAUCCAGGGACACAGAAGUUAAUAAGAUGGAAAGGGCGGCCAGUCCAAUACGAGGACGGAACUCCACGCUACCUACAUCCCGAUGAUAAUAAAACCUGGGUGCGCAUUUUCUUCUACGACGGACCGCCAGAUCUCUCUACUCUCCGAGACUGUAGUGAUAAGGAUGAGAACUAUACUGCAGAAGUAACGGAGCAAUACCAAUACUUUGUGCAGAAUGGGCUUUUCAAGGAUGGCAUCGUUCCGAGCGUACCUCCGAAGACAGAGUGGGUGUCCUUUGAUUUUUAG